CUUACUGUUUAUCCUGCAUCACGUUGCCGCCUGUGUGCGUCCGGACGCAGCCGCCUGGACGCGCCUGUCAUCUGGAGGAAACUCCUCCCCGCAGACAGCGCGUCCUGUCGCCUCUCCAGCGCAAUGGUCUCCUGGAUCAUCUCUAGAGUUGUGGUACUUGUGUUUGGGACGCUAUAUCCAGCGUACUCCUCUUACAAAGCUGUGAAAUCAAAAGAUGUGAAGGAAUAUGUGAAAUGGAUGAUGUACUGGAUAAUAUUUGCCCUAUUCACGACUGUGGAAGUAUUUACGGAUAUGUUUGUCUGUUGGCUUCCUUUCUACUAUGAGCUGAAGAUAGCGUUUGUGGUGUGGCUGUUGUCCCCUUACACUAAAGGCUCUAGCGUGCUAUACAGGAAGUUUGUUCAUCCCACUCUUUCCUCAAAAGAAAAGGACAUCGAUGAGUACAUCUGCCAAGCCAAGGACAAAAGCUAUGACACACUGGUGCAUUAUGGGAGAAAGGGGCUAAACGUUGCGGCCACAGCUGCCGUCAUGGCUGCAACAAAGAGCCAAGGUGUCCUGUCAGACAGACUGAGGAGUUUCAGCAUGCAGGAUCUGUCUUCCUACCAGUCGGACCCCGUGGACAGCGGCCCCGAGACCACACAGUCCGAAGCAGCCCAGCAUCGGACCAGAACUAUGAUGCGCAGCAAGUCGGAGAGCUACAACAAGGGGCAGGAUUUUGACGUAACUGAGUAUGAGAUGUUGGGGUUGGACCAAUGGGACUCCAAGGAGUCGCUGUCCCAGACCAUUUCACCCUCUGAGUCUGAGUCCACACCCUUCACGCUCUCACUGACGCCCCAGUCCACCCCGCCCUCCACGCCCUCUUCACCUCCCACUCCCCCAGUUCCGGAGCAGUCAGAGGAGGUGGGGAAGGAGGCGCAGGCAGGGCUGAGCUCCCCGCAGCUCAGGCUGGUUAAGAGGAAGGCUCCUGAGGUAUCUCGCCUCGUCACCGUGGCUGCCCAGCUGCUGCCUGAUUCUAACUGCCCCUUGAGAGUGGUGAUUUACUCACUGAUUCCCUCAUCGCUGUGUGGCUAAAUAAAUCAUCAUGGUUCAGCACUUGUGUAAAUAUAGUCUGCCUGCUAAUAGGGUUUUCUGCACUGAUGAAGCUGAAUCAUGCAUUAACUUCAGUGGAAUUGUAGUUUAGUGCAAAUGAAUGUGUGAUCUUGCUCUGAUGUCUGAUUGUUACGACUCACGUUUUUGGAAAUGUGGCAUGGGAAACAUUCCAACAUGGCAGACAUUGACAUGGAUUCCUUUGCAGUGUAUUUCACCACUGGUAAUAACUUCUGUUUGGAAUGUUAUGUUUAUGGAAAUGGUUUUGCUGAAUCAAUCCCCUGAAUUAACUGAUAUUCAUCCAUACAGUUCUACCAGUAAUGUCCGUUUGUUUGGUGUGGUGAACUAAAUGAAGCAGCGCCAUUAAAAGGAAAAAUCCAGCAAUAUUUUAUAUUUUUUCUCUCUGUCGAACCACAUGAAAAUACCAAAAACAACAUUACAAUUAUUGCAAUGGCACUCAGUAGACCACGUACCUCCGCCAAGGUCAAACACUCCUACUCACGAGUAUCUAGUUCUUAGACCCUAUAGGCACAAUAGAUAUAUACAAUAGGAAGUGGUCUGAUAAGCUAAAGUAUUUAUUCCUCAAGAAAAAUAUUUACAUAAAGUGAAAAAACAAAUCCUGCCCUGACGCCCCACCCCUCCUCCAAGGCUGGUAGAAACUGGUUUUGUCGUUUUCUGCAUAAUCCAGAAAUAAGUGAACAAACAGACACUGGUAAAACAUAACCUCCUUGGUGGAGGUGAUUACUUAUUGUUUGUGUAGCUAAGGCCUGAUCCUCAGUAGCUCAUCCCUCCAUAGAUAUUUGCUGUUGCUGAACAGGCAGACGUGUUCCUUCACUGCGAUGAACAUGGGCUUUGGAGUUUAUUAACAAGGAAAUUGUGUUUUUGUCUGCGUUUGUUUAUUAGCAAUAUCACACCAAAACUAUAAAACAGAUUACCACCGAGCUUGGCAGGAGGAGGCAGUGUGGGUUCAGGAAAGAAUCGAUUACAUUUUGGGGCGGAUCCAGGAAAUGUUUUCACUUUCUUUAACACUGAGAUUUUAUGACAUUGUCACUGAUUUUCACAGAAUGAUUCAAUUGAUCUUGAUGAAAAAAAAAAUCUGAUAUUGAUACCUAUGAGUGUUUGAAAUUUGGUUGCCAGAAUUUAAGGGGUCUGUUGGGCCUUGGCAGAGGAACCUGUUCUACUGAGUGCCGUACUAUUUUUGAGAUGCACCACCCUGCAUGUGUAUUAAUUCACAGCUGAAAAUAGUCCCCAAAAGGUUCUCCUUCCACCUGUUUUAGCAAUAUUUCCUACCAUCUGUCUCCU